AUGAAAUCUGUUCCAUACGUAUGUUAUGGUAAUUGUUUAUACAUUGAGUCUAAAAUAGCUAAUGUCACAGGCAUUUCAGGAGUUAAUAGUAAAGGUUCAGUAGAAUAUAAAUCCUUCUGUUAUGCAGUCAAUUCAAUGUUCAUUCCAAACGUUCCUGUCAUAGCAACUCAUUUAGGUAAAUGGGUUCGCAUUAGUCCUCAUAAUUUGAAAGACAUGCAAUUCAGACUUGUUGACUUUCAAGGAGAGCCUGUAGAACUGAAGGCACCAGUGCGAAUGACUGUUGAAGUUGACUUUUUAGAAAAUAUUAAAUGCAACAGCUUACAAGAGAACUCAGAGCUAAAAAUAUAA